CAACCACCGCAAAAUCGAAGCAACGAAGGGCGAAGCGGCAGCAGCCGGUGCUCGCCGCCAUGACAACCGAAACCCUAGUCGGAUAACCUUUCUUCCGAUCGGCCUGUCGCCUCGGCAUCCAUCUGAUUCUCUCUUCGUGCACAGCGAUCGGGUUGGUGCCCUUCGCCUGAAAUUCUUCCUUUUGCAAUGCCAACUUGUUCGGCCAGAUCCCUUCUUGGACUUUCGGUUUCACUUCAUUCAUCGCGGGGAUAGGACGCAAUGGCCGAUUUGGAGAACUUGCUAUUGCAGGCUGCAGGGAGGACGGGGUCUGGCCGGAGGAACAACAACAAUUCACGUUCACAAUCGAGGUGGAGGCGGGACAACUCUUAUUCUGAUGGAAGCGAUUCCAAGGAUGAUGAUUUGGAUAAUCUGAAGUACAAAAACCGAAAAUCAUCGGGCUCCCAGAUUCCGGUGAAGAAGAGGUUUGACCUACCGGAGUCAGGCACGAGGAGUGGCUGGAGGGAUGAGGACGGCGGUGAAGGAGGCAGGCAUAGCGAUGAAGAUUCCGAUAGUGCACCCUCCGUUGGGAGUGAUCUUUACAAGGAUGACGCAGAUAAAGAAGAACUUGGUAAGAUGUCUGAACUGGACAGGGAGAUGAUUUUGGCGGAAAGGAGUACAAAGAUAGAUGAUUACAAGCUAAAAAAGAUGGCAAGAGCAUCAUCUUCAAAGAUGGAAAGAAAUCGGAAGGAGAGCUCUCCUGUUCCACCUCAUGGUCGCUCGUCUGCCCGGAAUGACAAAACUGCAGCAAAGAGUGCUUUGAAUGAGCUGAGAGCUAAGAGAAUGAGACAACAAGAUCCUGAUGGUUACCGCAGCCGGCUGGGGGAUUUGACCGGGGAAGGAAGUAGUGGCUUUCGUCUCCGUGAUUCUUCUCCCCCUAAACAUAGAACUCUUGGUACAGCUGCAAGUCCUCCCAGUGAUAAUAGCAAUGAAGGUGAGAGUGGAGGCAGAGCUGACAGUGACAAUGAAAGGUACCGUGAUGAUAAUAAAAGGGAUGAUGAUUUGGAUGAUCUAUCCCCCUCAGGAUUGGAUGCACCAAAGUUUGAGGAUGUUAAAGAGAUAACAAUCAGGAGGUCAAAGCUGGUGAAGUGGUUCAUGGAACCCUUUUUUGAAGAGCUUAUUGCAGGAUGCUUUGUACGUCUUGGUAUUGGGAAGACACGCACGGGGAAGCCCAAAUACAAGCUAUGCUUAGUCAGGAAUGUGGAUGCGACUGACCCUGAAAAAUACUACAAACUAGAACAUUAUACCACCUACAAAUGGCUGAAUUGCAUAUGGGGUAGUGAUUCCUCAGCUGCUAGAUGGCAGAUGGCCAUGGUCUCAGAUUCUCCACCACUUAUAGAUGAAUUCAAUGAGUGGAAAUGGGAAGUGGAGAAGGGCAAUGGUCGGAUGCCAACCCGUCAGGAGGUGCUCGAUAAGAAGGCUGAAAUUCAGAAGAUCAGUAAUUUUGUGUAUUCAGCAGCUACUGUGAAACAGAUGCUGCUAGAGAAGAAGUCGGCCUCACUGAGACCAGUCAAUAUUGCUGUUGAGAAGGACCGACUUAGGGAGAAAUUGGAAGUUGCCCAAAAUCGUCGUGAUACAACAGAGAUGGGGAGGAUUAAGGCAAGGUUGAAAGAGCUGGAAAACAUGUCUCAAGGGACAAAGAAGAUUGAUGAAAAGGCUGUUAGGUUGGCAGAGAUGAACAGAAAAAACCGAGCUGAGAACUUCAAGAAUGCCUCAGCAUUGAAACCAGUAAACACUGCCUUGAAGGCUGGGGAGGCUGGCUAUGAUCCAUUUUCACGGAGAUGGACAAGAUCGUCAAAUUAUUAUAUCUCAAAAUUUGGAGGAGAUGACAAUUCAACAACUGUGGAUAUCGAGCAAGGCAAAGUUGAGGUGGAUGGAGAUGUAAAUGAAGCAAUAAAAAUGAACGUGGUGGAGACUGGUGAGGCUGCAACUGCUGCUGCAUUGAAAGCUGCAGCUGGCGCUGGUAAGCUGGUAGAUACAAGCGCACCUGUAGACCGUGGCACAGCCUCAAAUUCCCUGCAUGAUUUUGAACUGCCAAUCUCAUUGGCUGUGCUGCAGAAAUUUGGAGGUCCUCAGGGUGUGCAUCAGGGCUUUAUGGCAAGGAAACAGAAAAUAGAAGCCACUUAUGGGUACAAGGUACCUGACAGCGAUGGGCGGAGACAUCCUUUGAUUUUGACAAUCAGUGAUUAUAAACGUCGAAGGGGCUUGCUGUAAACCUGCACCCGUUUCAAGCAAUUUAGUUCGUUUCUUAUUUGGAUGCUUUGCAAACCAAUGCAACUUUGGCCUGUAACCACAGUGAAACUAAUGCGACACCAGCAAAGCUAUUUCGCAUAGUUCCUCCAAUAGACCUUUUGCUACCCAAGUAAUUUUUUUUGUGCAAUUUCAAUUUUGAAGGAACUUACAUAAUUUCUAUAGCCAUUUAUUAUGUGGCAGCUUCACGUUCGAAUUCUUAUGCCAAUAAGAUCUACAAUGUGGUUGUUUAUA